AAAACAAGACAUAAAAAAAAAAAAAAAAGGAAAUUAAAAACACAAAAAACUGUUUCACUGUUUCGCGAAACGGAUCCAAUCGAAUCGACGAAAAAUUCUCUCAGUUUUUCAUGUCUCACAAGCUGUUGAUUCUGAUUCUGAAUCUUCUGUUGCUGCUGCUUUUGUUCGUCUGCGAAGCGGUGGCGUUUUCGGCGGGAUCGCGGUCGAUCCUCCGAUCAAUUAGUAACGGAGAGGUCGAUAACGCCGUCGACUUGAACGUUACGAACUUCGACGCCGUCCUCAGAGAUACUCCGGCUACUUAUGCCGUCGUUGAGUUCUUCGCUCAUUGGUGUCCUGCUUGCAGAAAUUAUAAGCCGCAUUAUGAGAAGGUUGCAAGGCUUUUCACUGGACCUAAUGCAGUACAUCCUGGUAUCAUAUUAAUGACUAGGGUAGACUGUGCAUCGAAGAUAAAUACCAAACUUUGUGAUAAGUUUUCUGUGAGUCAUUAUCCUAUGCUCUUCUGGGGCCCACCUUCUAGAUUUGUAUCUGGUGGUUGGGAACCUAAACAGGAUAAAAGUGAAAUAUGUGAAAUUGAUGAUGGACGGACAGCUGAUCGCUUGCUUAACUGGAUCAAUAAGCAAUUAGGCAGCUCAUACGCCUUGGAUGACGAGAAGUACGAAAACGAGCCUCUUCCAUCAAAUAUAUCAGACCCUGGACAGAUUGCUCGAGCUGUAUAUGACAUUGAGGAGGCAACAGCCACUGCCUUUGACAUCAUUUUAGCACACAAGAUGAUUAAAUCUGAAACUAGGGGUGCAUUAAUAAGAUUCCUUCAGAUUUUAGUGGCUCAUCAUCCUUCAAGGAGGUGUCGUAAGGGAAGUGCGGAAGUACUGGUAAAUUUUGAUGACUUGUCCUCAUUAUAUGUGCAAUCUGAUAGACAGGAAGUUGUCAUUGGUGAUGGGAAGAGUGCCCUGGGAAAUUUCCAAAUUUGUGGAAAAGAAGUUCCUCGUGGAUAUUGGAUGUUUUGCCGUGGCAGCAAGAAUGAAACAAGGGGUUUCAGCUGUGGCUUAUGGGUUCUACUGCAUUCGCUCUCUGUUAGAGUUGACGACGGAGAGAGCCAGUUUACAUUUACAGCUAUAUGUGAUUUUAUCCACAGUUUCUUUCUCUGUGAGGAGUGUCGUCAACAUUUUUAUGACAUGUGUUCAAGUGUUACAACUCCUUUCAAUAAAACCCGUGAUUUUUCCCUUUGGUUGUGGAGUGCACAUAAUAAAGUCAACGAGAGAUUAAUGAAGAUAGAAGCAUCUUUAAAGACUGCUGAUCCCAAGUUCCCAAAGAUUAUUUGGCCUCCAAAGCAGCUUUGCUCUACAUGUUAUCGCUCUCUUAGCAAAGGAGAUACCAAAAACAAUCAGAUUGACUGGGACCAGGAUGAAGUAUUCAAGUUCGUGUCUAGUUAUUAUGGGAAAACACUUGUAUCUCUGUAUAAGGACAAGGAUGCUCUAAGGAACGAGGGUAUCGAUGGAGUUCUAGAAGAUUUGGUGGUCUCGACAAAUGCAGUUGUAGUACCUGUGGGAGCUGCACUGGCAAUUGCUCUUGCUAGCUGUGCAUUUGGAGCACUCGCUUGCUAUUGGCGUUCACAGCAGAAGAAUCGGAAGUAUUACUACCAACUACACUCUUUAAAGAACAUAUGAUAAUUAGGAGGGUAAUGAGCUCUUUUAAAAAUAUUAAAAGAAAAUGGAAAGAAAAAAGAAAUAAGAAUUAAAAAAGGGGAUUGAUAGAUAAAUUUAGAGAGGUUUUGGUUGUCAGGAGGUAAACGUUCUCAUGUGUUUUCAUUCCGCAAAAUUUCAGGCCCAGGAGAAGUUGGAACUAAGAUUGUUUAAACGACAAAACCAUAUACACAGCCCUUAAGGUGCCCAGCCGAAUGAAUCAGGCUCUAAAUAGGAAUCCAGAUGACAACCUUGUACCAACUGGCCGUUUUGAGGUCCUCUUCUGUAUCCCCUUGCUCAUUAAGCUUUUGAUUUUGAAAUAUUUAAUUUCGGACUGUACAGAUUCAUAUCAUAAUCUUAAUUUUGGAUAAGAGUUCACUUAUUUUAA